UGGUCACCUUCUUUUGUCAGUAUUUUCACCCUUUUGAAUCACAUACUCCUUUCCCAAAGACCCCUUAAAGAAGAGAAAAAACCACAAGCUUUUUUCACAGCCUUCCAAGCUUUAAUCUUUUCAUCGAUACCCCAUUUGUUGUUUAGCUUUUGUUUCUUAAGAUGAGGUCAAUCAUGGCUGCAAAAACACCUCAAGAUACUUCCUUUUCCUUCUCACGAAGAUACUUCCACUGGAAAAAGAAGGUGGAAGACGAUGACGAUGAAGGAGAAACCCUCAACUUCAGAUCAUCAUCACUUGGAUGUGUCGUGACUGAGGAGGACCGGAAUCUUGACGACGACCUCAGCCUCCCUGUACCCCAGGCUGCACCCCGGAGGAAGAAACGUGGACUCAUGUCUGUUUCUAAGCUCCGAUCAGCUCUUACUUUUGGUAAAACCAAGUUAUCUCCUGGUUCUGGUCUAGGCAAGGGUACUAGAGUUGUCGGGACACUAUUUGGGUACAGACGUGGUCACGUCCACAUUGCGUUUCAAGAGGAUCCGAAGCUAGGCCCGGCUUUCCUGGUCGAGCUAGCCACCCCAACUAGCUUCCUGGUUCGAGAAAUGGCUUCGGGGUUGGUUCGUAUUGCGUUGGAGUGCGAUAAGAAGAGUCUGAAGAAGAGUUUUAAGCUGCUAGAAGAGCCACUGUGGAGGACAUACUGCAAUGGCAAGAAAUGUGGUUAUGCUAUGAGACGUGAUUGUGGACCUGAUGAAUGGAAGGUUUUUAAUUCUGUGGGACCGAUUACGAUGGGCGCCGGAGUACUGCCGGAGGGAGGCGGCGGUAGUGGUGGUGGUGGUGGUGAAGGGGAAUUGAUGUACAUGAGAGCAAGGUUUGAGAGGAUUGUGGGGUCGAAAGAUUCUGAAGCUUUUUACAUGAUGAAUCCAGAUAGCAACGGAGGACCAGAACUUAGUAUUUAUCUUAUCAGAGUUUGAGAUUUGGGUUGGAUUACUUGUUUAGAUUUCAAUCAAUGUUAAGUACUUAAGUCUUGGGAUUUCAGAUCAUCAACUUUCUUUCAUGUGGUUUUUUGCUCUCUUCUCUCAAUGAAAACUGGGGUUUUCUCUUUUACAAA